AUGAUUCCACCUUCACCAGCUCCGAUUCCACCUUCACCAGCUCCGAUUCCACCUCCACCAGCUCCGAUUCCACCUCUACCGGCUCCGAUUCCACCUCCACCAGCUAUGAUUCCACCUUCACCAGCUCCGAUUCCACCUUCACCAGCUCCGAUUCCACCUCCACCAGCUCCGAUUCCAUCUCUACCGGCUCCGAUUCCACCUCCACCAGCUAUGAUUCUACUUCCACCAGCUCCGAUUCCACCUCCACCAGCUCCGAUUCUACCUCCAUCAUCUCCGAUUCCACCUCCACCAGCUCCGAUUCCACCUCCACCAGCUCCGAUUCUACCUCCAUCAUCUCCGAUUCCACCUCCACCAGCUCCGAUUCCACCUCCACCAGCUAUGAUUUCACCUCCACCAGCUCCGAUUCCACCUCAACCAGCUCCGAUUCUACCUCUAACAGCUGCUUCGGCUCUCGGAGCCCCGGCUCGGAGUGCUCCAGCUCCUUCCGGUUGGAUACCAGUUCCCAUUCGAGAACUGACGAUUCUCACUGUUUCUCUCUUCCCUUAUAUGCAAAAAUCCAGAGAUCUUAUCUCUGUGCUCCAUUUUUUCACUUUUUAA